CUCAGAGACGCCCACAUGAUGAGUGAACAAACAUCAGAGUCACAAGUCGUCGUAUCGUCGCCCAGUCAUGUUUUCAUUGGCCGUCCUCUCGCUCCGUCUUCGGGUUUCAGGUUUCCAUCAAAUCAGACGCUCCACGGCAACCGUUGUCUCCGGCAACAAAACAUCCAGGUUGGUGAGGGAGCGUCUGAAGCAGCAGGUGGAGGAGAUGAAGAGUCUGUUCUCAGGGUUCAGACCUGGUCUCGUGGUCCUACAGGUUGGAGACAGAGACGACUCCAACCUCUACAUCAGCACCAAACUGAGAGCUGCAGCCGAGAUUGGAAUCGAAGCCAAACACCUGAAACUGCCGAACACAACAACACAGGAAGAGGUCCUGAAGAACAUCCUGUCCAUCAAUGAGAACUCGUCCGUUCACGGUCUGAUCGUCCAGCUUCCUCUGGACUCUGUGAACUCCAUCGACACCGAACUCAUCACCAACGCUGUCUCUCCAGAGAAGGACGUGGACGGUCUGAGCUGCAUCAAUGCGGGGAAGUUGUCUCGAGGCGACCUCACGCACUGCUUCAUCCCCUGCACCCCCAACGGCUGCAUGGAGCUCAUCAGACAGACGGGCGUGUCAGUGGCGGGGAAACACGCGGUGGUGAUUGGUCGCAGUAAGAUCGUCGGAGCCCCGAUGCACGACCUGCUGCUGUGGAACCACGCCACCGUGACCACCUGUCACUCAAAGACCCCUGACCUCCCCCAACAGGUGGGCCGGGCCGAUAUCCUUGUGGUGGGGGCGGGGCGAGCCGAGAUGGUGAGAGGGGAGUGGCUUAAAGACGGAGCUGUGGUCAUCGACUGUGGAAUCAACCACAUAGCAGUUAUCUGGUAG